AAUCAACAAUUGGCAUCAAUAUGGCCAACCACCACGACCACGUAGACGGUUGGCAUGGAGAAAAGCCUAUCAAUCUCGUAAAAUUUAACAAUUUGUUUUUCUUGAACUAUUAAAAAUGUAUUUAUUAAUCUUUUACCUUUUUGAUCAAUCUGCAGUUAUUCUCCACGAAUGAUUUCUCGAGUGCCUUUUGUUAGACCGUGUGAUGUGAUUUUGGUCCUACUCUCUAGACUCUCUGCUGUGCUGCGCUCUGCAUUAUUCAUCAUUAGGCUAUUAUUACUAGUACUAGUAUUACUGCUCAAACUGCAUAGCAGAUAUUUCAGAUAACAUAGCAGAGCGAAUCAUAGUCAUGGCCUGUGCUUAAUUUUACUCAUAAUACUACUAAAGUCUAAAGGAAUUUACUAGGCAAACAGUUAGGCCAAGAGUAUAAUUUUUUUAUUAGUGAUAAGUAAAUAAGUAAUAAGUACUGAGUAGAUACUUCGAUAAAACAAGGGAGACUACUACUUUUUUUGUAUCGGAAAUAAGCGCCGAAGAAUCCGAGUUUUUAAUUUUCCGAUGUGUGUGUCUAUUUAUUAUUAAAUUAGUUCUUUGGACAUAUAUUUGAGUUCCGUUUCCGGCCUUAUAAUUUGGAAGACAUCUUGGCCUACAUUUCCAUCCAACUAUUUUGCUUUUUUCAAUCGAACUUCAUUUUGAAAAUCUUUGUUAUAUAUAAGGCAUCUUCGAAUACAAAAUUUUUUGUGAAAUAAAAGGAACAUGUCUUUCAUAUUAAAUCGUGUAAGGCAUUAGAUAUUGAUAUAUAUCUGUGCCAAUUCUCAUUGAUGUAGGUAGUGUCCCACGUUCGCUACGCUUCUCCCAGUGACCCAUAUCACCAUAAGGGGGCUCAGCCUUAUUUCGACAUGGCGUGGGCCACGCCCCCUUUUUAAUGGCGGAAGUUGCCGAUACUUAAGAAAUAUUUAAUUAUUACCACUAUAUACAUCAAAAUAUUUGAUAACUUGUGUUUCAGAAUGCAUUUUGAAGACAUUUAAACUGGAAUGUUUUAAUUUGAGCUUUAAAAACCCUGUAGAGUCCAUAUUAUAAAUGAUCAGAAAUUUCCGUGUGCAACACGUUGUCAUUGGCAACCAUUCACAGCCACUUGCAUAACGGCUAUAUCGUAGUACUAUCUCAGAGUUUCAUUCAUAAGAGUUUGCCGUGUGCAAAAACUAUUAAACCAUUGGUCAGGGAAAGCUUUAAUUAAUUAUUCAUGUGCCAAAGUUGAAAGUUUAAAAUAAGUCGACCCUAAACAGUAUUUUAGUGAUAAGGGAAUGCCUUGGCCUUAUAUAAACUAUAUAGUCAUUGCGCAUGACGCGAUCGGCGGAAUGAGGUCACAGAAUGUGGAGAUGCAGUCCAUGUUAAAAAAGGACAAACCAAGUCGUACUUUAAAAAUUCAUAACUUUAAAACUACAACAGCUAAAAAUAUAAUUUUGGUGUUAUAAUUCUGUAAAAAUUUAGCUCUAUUCAACUAUGCCAUUGGUUUAUUUUUACAAAAUGUUUAAAUUUUUGACCAAAGUAUCUAAAGUACUGUAACUAUAAACUAUAAUUUAUAGUAGAGCCUUAGUUUUUAGCUGCAGAUAGAUUUAAUGAACUAGUGUCUUGUCACAACUCACAAGAUCAGUUUUUUAAUAAACUUUUAAAGUUAAUAUAGGUAGGCCUGUGACUAACUUAAUUAAGACAUUAGAAAUAUCAUUGAAUUAUAUAUAUGUCUAUUAUUGAUUGAGUCCAAUUGUGAUUCUGCUUACUCUAACUAUCGUCAUGACAACUGAUGACUAGGGAUAGCAAUUCAUUAAUAAUUAAUGAUUUCUUUAGAUAGGUCUAUUUAUUAUUUAGUAUUCAUACUCAUACAUAAUAACCUAAUACAUUUUGUGAAUAACUGAAGUUUAACCUAGUAUUUAAUAACUCUAAAUAAAUAAAACUUUAGUAAAAUAUACAUCACUUGCACUGAAAGUGAAAGCAAUUAAUUACAAAGCAUUGUGACAAUAUUAAUUUUUUUUCAAAGCUUAAGAUGUGAAAGUAAUUUAGAUCUAUUUAAUUUUGUUUUUUCAAUUGUGUCUACUUUGGAUAAGCCAGGAUCAGGAACAAUAUUAAGCAAGAAAACUCAUCAUGACAGUGAUAUGUAGUGAUAUAACUAUUAUAAGUGUCCACAUGUGAUCAAUGCAUAUAUAUUUUCUGGGUCAUGAAAUGGGCAGGUAAAAGAUUUAAUUUAUCACACUUUAAAUUAAAAGUAUAAACUACUUGCUAUCAAUGGUGGGCCUAUAAAAACAAUUCUUCUUCUUCUUCUUCUAUAUCUUAAGGGCCCACGAUCAAUUUAUUGAUCAUUUUGGCUCCUAUGCAUGUAGAUGGGAUUUGCAAUGUUUCUGUUACUGGUGGUGAUGAGGAAAUUAUGCACUAGGAGUUUGAAGGCUUGAGGCAAUAGACACAAAUGUGUCUAGUGUUGUCGCCUCAACUUUUCCUUUUGAAAGAUGGUUCCAGUCCCUGAUUGUCUUGGGCAGGAAUGAGCAGCUCCUAUACUGGCUUCUUGCUGGUAUGAGCCUGAAUUGCCUGUCAUGGCCUCGUCGCUGUAUAUGGGGGAGACACAUAUCACCUAAUUAUUGAUUUAAGUGUCAUUUUUAAAUUUGUUUUGUAUUUAGCCUAUCUAUUUUAAUUAGAAUUGGUAAAAUGCUCCAAUUAUACAAUUAUGCUUUGUAGCAUGGUUGUUGCAAAUACUUGAGAUGUUUGUCAUAUUGCUAAUCAAAUAAAUUAAGUGUCCAAGUUAAGCAUCCCUGUCCUAUCCAUCACCUGUUAAAAAUAUUAGAACCUUAAUUAAUAAUCCUGUAAAUCUUAUUAUUAUUAUUAUUUUUUUAAAUUAAAAGGCAUUUAUAACCUAAAAACAAUUAAUUAAACAAUAUAGUAAUCUCAAUUCUAACUUUGAACAUCGAUAUGAAAAUCUUUUGUACUUUGCUUUUAUCGUUUUGUCUCUGUACUUUUUGGUGUGUUAGUAGGUCGUACUAGGUGAUUUAGCAUCUAAUUAGCUGAUGAGCAUUUUGAUAUUUGCUGCUUGUGCCUCAAAGGCUUUACCACAAAAUACAACUCUAAAAAGGGGCUUUCAAGAUGAAAUUUAGACUCAGCUUUCCGAGGUACCCCAGAGAGCAUUUUGGAUUUCAGGUGAAAUCUUUGAACAAUGGAGUUUGGUUUUUGUAGCAGAAUCCCUUUAAGUUGAAAUUUCCCCGUUUUGUUUGACUGGUAUUUGUUUUUCUGGGGUACCUUGUACAUAAAAACAAGUCAAUAAAGUUCUGUUCUUUAAUUUAUUUUGGUGGCUAUUUAGUCUCUUAUUGACUUCAAGCAUAACCUUCCCCCUUUUUUUUUUUUUUCACCCCCCCCCCCCCCCCCAACUAUCAUAGGCCACUUUUUUUGUAUUAGUUAAUAUUAUUAAGGCAUACAUACAUGACAACCUUUUUUUUUUCCUUCUCUGGAUUUUGUGCAUGAAAUUCAUUGUGCCGGUAGCACCAAUACGACAAGGAAAAGUAUACUGCAGGAGUAAAUGUUCACAGUCAAAGUGUGACAAGCUGAAGCAUCACUUGUUGGUAUUCUCAAAAAAUAUUAUUCCUUUUAUCAGGGGUGGCUCCACAGCAUGUCCCAAGUGAGGAUAAAAGAGGAGUGUCUUAUAGGGAGCUAGCAACCUGAUAACAAAAAUUAUUUGCUAAGGAAAUAGCAUUUAAGGACUACCUAAGUGAACCUUUUAAAGACAGUAGUUGUGCUGAGGGGGGGGGGGAAUUAAUUUGAAAAUGAACCAGUACAAACAACACAAAAGAAGAGACAAGGAAUGGAAUGCUUGCUAAUGACAGUGCUUAAGGACCAGGUCUUAGCCAUAACAGUCUGGCAAGAUCAUCAAGGAAAGAAAAAGAGGCCAGAUGAAAGCCUCAAUAACAUGCGUCUGGACUGCGCAGAAUUAGUCAUAUCAGACCUUUCUUAACGUUUGAUGCAACAAAGAGGCUGAUGUCUGCAUUUGUGCUAUCACGCAUGGACUACUGCAACGUUCUCAUGGUGGGUCUUCCAGCUCCGCUCCUGGAUAAAAUUAGAAAAGCACAGAAUAAUGCGGCUCAUAUUGUUCUUCGCAAAUGCAAAUUUGACCAUGCUAAAACACUUCUGAGAGAGUUGCAUUGGCUGCUGGUCCACACUCGCAUAGAGUACAAACUUGCAACUCUGUGCUACCGCUGCUUGCAUGACCUGGCACUGUCCUAUCUCAAAGCGCUCAUGACGACUUAUGUACCCACUAUACAACUCCGCUCAUCUGAUAGUGGCAAACUCUUGAUACCACGUGUUUGCCUUGAGACUUAUGGAAGGCGCACAUUCGCAUUUGCUGGCCCAACAAUUUGGAACACACUUCCAGUCGCUCUCAGAAACAGCGAGACACUGGAGUUUUUCAAAACCGAUUUGAAAACACAUCUAUUUCGCAAACACCUGCUGGGGUGAUGUUGUCUACCAUCUUUUCCAGCUCGCUAUUAUCUCCUAGAUGUAUAUUGGCCUGUGUUGUUUAUGAUUGGAAUGGAUGAAAGACUUAAAAUGGGUAUUCUCAUAUGAAGUUUUUGUAAUGAUGCGUUUUUUAUUUCAAUGUGGUAUAGUAUAGAUUUUUUCAUUUCUCUUUUAAUAUGGUUGACUUUUUACCAUGCUUCGAGCCUUUGGGGAUGAAGCGUGAUUUUCAAAUAAAAUUAAUUUUAUUAUUAUUAUUAUGUAGGUCAGGAAAAAAAAGUUUUUGAUGGAAAGACAAAAAAUCAGCCUUCUUGAAGAUGUGACCUAGAAUUAUUUACAAGAUCCAUAUAAUUUUCUGGCCACAGACAAUCUUCAAAUAAAGAAUUGAAAAACCUUUACUAUCUGGCAUUACAACUAUUGCUAAAACUGUGCAGGGAGUUGGCUUGGUCAUGUCUAUAGAAUUCUUCCAAGCUUAUCUCCCGGCAAAGCAAGGGAUAACAAAUAAUAUGACACACAAUAGACUUAGUGCUGCACAGUAGAUGAAGAAAUCUGAACCCUGCAAACAGCUUCCACAGAAACAAACCAAAGACAAGAAAUGAGUUCUGCGGCCAUUGCCUAAAGCACUGGAGGAAUGAUGUGGAAAUAUCAUGGAUGACCACUGCACAGCUUGCAAGCCACAUGCGGCUAAUACAAAUUACAAGCAUUAAGUGAAGCACCCUCACAUGUUCAGUCAGAUGAAAAUAAGUUUAAUUGUUUAUGUGGUAUCCUAAUGUGUAUCAAUAUAUUUCCUUAAGUCCAUGAGUAAUCCUUAUCUUUUCUUAUCAGUUCCUUUCAAAGCCUGGACAUAGUUUCUUUUGUUUUCAUAAUUACUCCAGUUAACUUCUGCAUUAAGUUUUUUCUAAAUUAAAUUAAAAGUGUGAAUAGUAUCACAAGUGUGUGUAUAUAUAUAAUUUGAUUUUCAAUUGAAACUCUUAACGUUAACUUUACAAAUAUUCAUUUACUGCUAGUACAGCUCUGUGCAACUAACAACCUUAAAUUUAAUAAAUAACAUUUAUGGGAUAAAGACAUUUUCUACAAAGUUUAGCUGAUUAAAUUAUGUAAUGAAAUACAACUAAUGCAAAUUUUGCUGACAUAGUUGGCUAUUUAUGUAUUGUUCUUGUAAUGGUGUGUACAGGGAAGGAUUUUAUGCUACAUCAAUUAGUGUAGUCAACCCCAAAAUCAAAUCCUAUUGAUCUUUUUUUUUAGAUGCUGAUCAGAAAGUGUUAAUCAUUAGGGCAACACUCGAUCCAAUUUUUUUUAAAAUAUUUUUUAAAAUCAUUUAAAAAAAACAAUAAAAUUUCUAAUGAUUUAAAAAAAGAAAUGAUUUUAAAAAAAUAAGAAAUAAAUGAAUUAACUCAUUUCCUAAAGUACCGGUAGUAACCAAAUGAGUCGUACUGGGAUUGCGACAGAUGCAUCCUGGCGUGUCCUGACACCUGUCUCAUUGUUAUUUAAAAAUUUCAGAAUCAAUGAUAAUAUAGUAACUAUUCAGUCUACUCAGAUGCAAAGCAAGAAUAUAUUUGCCAGCUAUAUUACAAUAUGUUGAAACAGAGUGGUGUCACUAUAUUAUUUGAAAAAAAAAGAGCAAUAAGAGCUGGUGCUCCAGCUUUAACAAUGUAUUUGUGAAGAUUGGUGUGAAAUGCUUGGCUUGUGCCACAGUUAUUAAACACGUCCUGAAUAUGUUUGUUAGCCUUAUGAAUACCUCAUUUGUUCAUCUAUUUCCUGUCUUCAAUUACAGUCAGCUGUGGACAUGUCAAAGCUGUCGGAAAAAGAAAGAUGGAGGUAAAAUAUUUGACACUAAUAAAAAGCAAAUGAGAAUGACACAUAGAAUAUUUUUUAUUGAUGUGUAAUUUGAGUAGAUCACCCACAGGUGACAUCAGGUAAAUGAGUUGUACAUCUGGGGUUGAAUUCACACAUUUUACCUCACAUGCCAAACCUUGUUGAAGACCUAAGACAAAAUCAUAUUCUGUGUAGGAAACUCCAUGGUUUCACUUUCCCCAUCACAACUUCUAAUGCAAAAUUUGUUUGUGAAACUUUUUAAAGCUGGCUUUUCACUCUUGGUAUGCAAUUGACUACAGAGACAUUGGGUUUUUGUUUUAUCCUCUCUGCAAUAAGAAACAAAAAGAUAAUUUGAGUCUACUGCCAGUCCAUAUAUAAUAGUCAAUGUUGUAGAUGGUUAUGUAACAGAGAUUUGCUGCAGCUUUACUCUGACAAAAAAAUUUAAGUCCGUUAAACUUGUGUACUGUAAAUAAUUGUUGGAUAUUGAUUAAGGCUUGAGCCAAAUGGUUUGAAACAUCUGUUUAACUAAGAGUUUUUAAAUCUGCCUUUAAGAAUUUGGCAAAUAAUCUGAUUUGUUUGUAUCUUCUCCCACUAAGAAUAAAUGUCCCACAUGCUGUACCAGCACACCUUAGUGUGUAACAUGCUUUAGAGAAACAGUCUAAAUAGGAUUUGCACAGCCUUUCUGUGCUGCUUAUUUAUUUUCAGUUAUCAAUGCAUACUGAUGUUACAACAGAAAUUAAUCAAAGAUUAGCAACCAGCUUUUAAAGUGCUUUACAAAGCAGUUGAUAGCUGAACCAAUUCAACUGUACAUGUGUCUCCUUCUCACCUAUGUUUUCUUUGCAACCUCCUCAACCUCACAUUGUUGUUCUUGCAGCUUAAUGUUAUAAUGUUGUUGUUUUUUGUCUUAUCUCUGUCCUACAGAUUUCAAGUCAUGUACUUACAUGAAUAAUAAUAAUAAUCAAUUGUUUGUUGCUUUCUUGAAAGAUAUAUUUUAAAAUCACCUUUAUUGUUUUCAUGUUUAUCAAUGAGAUUAGUUGUUUUUUUUUCCCUUGCUCAUCAUAAUCUAUAUCUAUUUUUAAAAAUUCUGAUCAAACUCCAUCUUCAGUUCUCUCUAGGGGUGUGUGCUUUUUAAAACGAAAAAUUCUUUUAAAAAAAGGGAUCACGAUGGUGAAUUUAUUACUUUUUAAGAUUAAAAGCUUGGUUCAAGGAUAUUGGGGAGACCUGGGCUAAACCUUUAAGAAGAGCAUUAUAAAGGACAAGAUAUAUGACACACAAAACAUUGAACAUAGCCUCUAAGAGCCAUCAUCAGUGAGCAGUAAAAGAAAUGUUAAGCAUAGCUUUCUGUGAAUAGAAGAUUUUAAAUAGAGUAACAGUAACAUCGUAUAAAUCUAAUGAUUGCAAUUUUCCUUUAGCAUACUAUUGGUAUGCAAUCAUAACAUUCCUGUUUAAAUUUUUAUUUUUCCCAGGGUGGAACAUCAGAUGCUACAUGAAAAGCACAAAGGCCAUGAAUCAAUGCAUGCAGAGAUGGCCAUCAUUCUUUUGGUCACACUCAUUGUUGCUCAAAUUAUUCUGGUCCAGUGGAAAACCAGACAUUUUAAAUCAUAUCAGGUAUUUUGGGAACUGUUGUCCAUUCAUCUUGUAUUCACAGCAGUUACAAUAUCAGUAAAUGACAACUAUUUUGUUUCCUUAUUUUGAUAUCAAAUUGUAGCAGAAACGUUCAGUUUAUAUGGCUACCAAGCUACUCAUUGGCAUAUUGAAGUGUAAUUGUACUUUUGGCUCGAUGCACCAAGCUACAUUAAGGAUACAUGUCCUACGCCAGUCGCAUCUCAUUUAACUAAUUUUGAACACUAUUUCAGAGGGCCACAUUGCUGGGGAUGUGGCUGAUCCCUGUCGUUAUAUGUGCCAAGUUUGGCUGGUGGAGAUUCUGUGGGUUUUGGAUGGUGUUUUCUAUUGUUACAGCAUUUGUUACCUUCAAGGCAUCAAGGAAGCCACUCUCAGGCUCAACACCAAGGUAGGGUACAACACAAACCUGCAGUUCGUCACUGAUCUUUUGAGUUGUAAUAUUUUGUUACAGUGAGAGGUAACAGUGUGAUGAUAUGGGUUCAUAUUAGUCUCAUUUUUGUUUCUUGUUUUUUUUUAUUUUUUAUUCAUUUUAUUUUCUUUGGUUGAAAAUUAAAAAAAGAGAGUGGGGGUGUUAAUAAUUUUUCUGACUACUUACAAAGUAAAACACCCAGGGCAUAUGAGAUGUCCCAAAAAAAUAUCUGAAUUAAUUAUGAAAAAGUAUUAUUUUCCUGUCCAGCAUUCUGUUGGCUUACUUAAUUUUAUGUGUUGACAUUUUCAUUCCAGAUGGGUCUAUAAGUGGUUCCUGCUACUCUACAAACUCAGCUAUGCCUCUGGAAUACUUGGUUAUUUAGUGAUUAUGUUUACUAUCUUUGGUCUCAACAUGCUCGUCUUAGUCAAACCUCAGACAGCCAUGGACUUUGGUCUCCUGCUCCUGUUCUAUGGGCUUUAUUUUGGGGUCGUGUCCAGAGAUUUUGCAGAGGUUUGCGCAGACACCAUGGCAGCCCAUAUAGGGGUGAGUUUAAAAUUUACAUGGGGGUUGGUUAAACUGCUAGAAUGAAAAUACUGGCUUAAACAGUGUAGGAACUUGAAGAACAUUCAUACUCGUCUUUGAUCUGGGUGAAAAAAGAAAUGUAUUGCCUUAAACAACAACCUGUACAGAGUGUGUCGUAUUAAGAAUUUUUGGGAAUGAUAGCAGAUGAGGAGAAGGGGAACCUGUAAACAUUGACAGCCUUAAUAACAUGUAAUGUGUCUUUAAUAGUUGAAGGGUCGCCUUCUGCAUGUGUAAAUAUAACCUUGGUUACAAGGUCUAGCUGUUAUAUUUUGUAAUGUUUGAAACUCUGCAGUAAGUGUUAUUAUAGAUAACAAUGUAGUUUUCAAAUUAAGUAGUUUCCAUUAUAUAAUGUUUAAGUGUAAGUUGUGUUUUUAAUAUCUUGAUAGAGCUAUCGGGGCCGGGACAAAGGUGAGGCAAAUGAGACACUGGCCUCAGGUGAACAAUGUGAAAGGGUGCCUGAUUGAAGCUUUUAAUACUUAUUAGAAAUUUAAAAAACUAUAUACAUAGGGGUGCAAAUUGAUCCAGCCUCAGGUGAAGAUUCCCCUAGACUAGGUUCUGUUAACUGCCCUUAAAGAAGAAAGACAACUUUUAAAAUUAUACUUAAUAAGGUGCUUAAGCAUCAUAACUUAGGAAGGAUUUUGAUAUUUAUUUAAUGGCAAUUUUUCUCUGUGUAUCCAAACCAGUAUUACUCCAGCACAGGUCUGCCAGCAAAGAGGCUGGAUCCCAAUAUGUGUGCUGUAUGUGGUAAUGAGAUCUACAUUAUGAGCAAUGAAAAUGCUGUCAUUGAAAAGACAAUUAAACUCAACUGUGGUCACGUGUAUCCUUUAUAAACAUUACUCAUAUCAAGGUUUUUCAAAAAACAAGGGCUUCACUUUUCAAAAGAUUAAAAAGAGAAUCUGAAUGAAUAAUUUUAUUUUAAAAAUUUAACCAAAUGAACUAGCAAGGGCAGUGGUCGGCAAACUCGUUAGUCAAAUGAGCCAAAAAUCACCAGCAGGACAAUUGACAAAUUUUUGAGAGCCAAAUUACUUUUCAAGAACUUGUCAAGAACCAUGUUUUUCGGAGUCAAAACCGAUUUCUGGCCGAGCCGUUAAAGAGCGGCAUUUGGUGAAUUGCCGACCACUGAUCUAGGGCAUCACUCUUCUCUUAAAAACACACACACAAACAAACAAACCAAACACCCCACCCCCUCCCCCCAAUUAUUUUGUUAAACUUUCUAAGUAAAUUUAUUCCAGGAAAGUUUAAAAAAAAAUUAUCAUAUAUUAAUAUUUGCCUGAGUUCUGUAGAUAAGUUAUUAACGGUUAUUAAUGAGGUUAUAUUUUUAUAGCUUAGGAACUUAAAGGUCCUUUCUGCCUUUUUGAAGAGUACUAUGUGGGAGAUAGUUAAUUCAUUAAUUUAAUGAAAAAUGAAAAUGUGUGUUAUCAUACAUAUUGACUGAACAUAUCAUAUGCAUAUAUAAAAUAACUUUAAUAAUAAAAAAAAGGUUGUUGAAAGUGGAGUUCAUAAUAAUAUAAACUACAUUUUAUUUGCUGACUUCAGUGUUCAAAGCCAAUGUCUUAGCUCUUUAUGUACUGUGAUUCGCAAAAAAAAAAUCAAGACUUCUUUGAAAGAGGAAAAAAUCAACUAAAUGAUUGUUAUUUUCUUUAGCUGAGUUUUUUUCCAGGUUCCAUGAAUUUUGUAUACGAGGAUGGUGCAUUGUUGGUAAAAAACAGACCUGUCCAUACUGCAAAGAAAAAGUUGACCUGAAGCGCAUGUUUCCUGGACCGUAUCCUUACUGUUACGUGUUACAUAUGGUUUUGCAAAUUUAAUCUGUUUUAAGAUUUGGCUUGAUUUUUAAACAAUGUGUAAAGAAAGGAUUAAAACCCAAUAUGCAAAGAAAAACGAUAUCAAUCAAAGCGUGCGAUAGUAACAAUUUUCAGUUUAGCUAUAGGCCUAUAGUAUUAAAUUUGUAAAAAAUACAAAACCAGAUAUACAGAAAUAAUAUCUAUAUUAACUUGAAGCACAGCAAGUGAAAAGUAUAAGCCUCAAAUGAUACAAAUAUUCAUUCACACACAGACAAAAAGAAAUCAUUCUUGUAAGGCUCCUAUAAUUUAGCAAAAAUCUCUCCUGGCUAAUAUAGCUGCUGACUUAUUUAUGGAGAGAGAGUUGGAGUAGAACCUCCAGAGAGGAACUUCUAGAAAUUGCAUCACUGCAUAGCAUUCUUUAGCACAAAUUUGAACAUAUUCGAACGUAAAACGUAAACAACCUUUUCCCUAUCAAGGGAGGAGUGGGCAAUUGCUACAGCGCUAAAAAUUUAAUCAUUGACUUCAAUAUCACACCAAAAAAAAGAAGGUGGGGGGGGGGAGUUGUGGAACUUACGCUCUACAUUGAAGUUGUAGUAAAAUUAGGUCACGGCACACAUGCUAUAACUUACAACACUUACCUUAUAAAAUUCUUUCAUAUUUUGUUAUCUAUGAUUGCAUUAUGUUUAGAUGGAAAACAAAUAUUUUUGUUUAAAAAUCAAGCAUUUCAGUUUUGUGCGAGUUGUUCUGCCACAGCUGUAGAUUCAAUGGGGUUUUUCAACUGAGUAAUAAUCAAAUGUAAACUGAAUGAAGGCUCUUGAAGAUAAAGGUAGGGCUUAGGGUUUCUCAAAUGUUGGCUUUGUUGUCCAUUGCAAAGUUGUAAGUGACAGAGCCAUGACACUUUGAAAGUUCAGUGAAGGCCGGUUUACAUUUAUUGCUGACCGUGUCGCCUUCUGUAAACAAUGGAUAUUUGUGUAGCCGUGGGAGUAACACUUUGAUGAUCAGCUCUGAGAUGUGGGCAUAUCAUGAGUACCGGAUUUACCUUUUUUGAACCAAACUCUUCAUGUUUGUCAUUGGUUAACCCGUUUUUAAAAAUUAAGAGAUUCAUCCUUAACAUCCAAUCAGAUGGGAGCGCCCUCAUGUCAUGUAUGGAAAUCUACUGGAUUGGAUCAGAUACUUGGUUGCCUGGCAGCCAGUCAUCAUUGGAAUAGUUCAAGUCAUAAAUUGGGCACUGGGUCUGGAGUAAAAGGAAGUUGAGUCUAGUCAAAUAUGUGUGAGAUGUUUUAGCCAUUGGCCGGCCUCUAAAGUAAACUUGCACUUUGUGUGAGGAUUUGUGAGUGCCAGAAGAAAUAAGCCAAAUGAUUUAAUCAAUAUUGCCAAUUUACAAGCUGUCAGUUAAAAUGCUGCAAAUAUUUUAUCCUUCAAUUUUAAGUUGGACCCAG